UUUAACUUUACACGAAGAAUAUGUAAUUUGGUAGAAAACGAAUUUAUAAAGAAAAGACUUGUAAUAGAGGAUGUCUCAAUUUCAAAAUCAUCCUGUCACACAGAGGAAAUCCCCACCUCGCGUUCCUGACCUUUGCUCUAGAUAAGUCUGACCGUGUGGCGCCUGAUCUUGGGCGAUUACGUCAGGCUGAACCAAACUCUCGCGAGAUUUGAAGUAUCCCACUGUUAAUAAAUACAGCUGUGCACGAAGUGACAAGCCAGAUUCAGUUGGAUGUUGAGCUGCUGUUUAGUGGUGAUCUAACUACGCAAAAAACAGGAAUCGAAAUGGCGUCGAUGGAAGUUGUUCCGAGUCAGAGUGUGGUAACCAGGGUGGUCAGCCUUCCUUUGGUGAGCUCCACCUAUGAUUUGGUGUCCAAUGUGUACUGCAACACAAAGGACAAUCACCCAUACCUCCGAUCUGUGUGUGAGGUGGCUGAGAUGGGGGUGAAGACUAUCACGUCUGUGGCUAUGUCCAGUGCCAUGCCCUUCAUUGGCAAGCUGGAACCCCAGCUUGCCAUUGCGAAUGACCUUGCGUGUAAAGGCCUGGACAAGAUUGAGAAGUCCUUGCCAAUCCUUCAUCAGCCAUCAGAGCAGAUUGUUGCCAGUGCUAAGAAUGCAGUGACUGGAGCCAAAGAGGCAGUGGCGGUCACUGUAGGUGGAGCCAAAGAUGGUGUGUCCCACACUCUCACUGGGGUCAUGGACAAAACCAAAGGGGCUGUACAGGACAGCAUGGAGAAGACUAAGGCCAUGGUCAGUGGUGGUGUCGACACGGUGAUGAGCAGCCAUGUAGCUCACCUGCUGAGCACAGGAGUCGACGCAGCACUCAGCAAGUCCGAAACCCUGGUGGACCAAUAUCUUCCACUGACUGAGGAGGAGUUGGAAAAGGAAGCUAAAAUGGUGAAAGGGUUUGAUGCAAACCCCCAGAAGUCCAGCUAUUACGUACGACUUGGGUCACUUUCUGUCAAGCUGCGCAAGAGGGCCUACCAUCAGGCCAUAGAAAAGGUGCGAGAUACUAAACAGAGAAGUCAGGAGUCUAUCUCGCAGCUACAUAAUACUGUGGAUCUGAUUGAAUAUGCGCGAAAGAAUGUGGAUGAUGCUAACCUGAAGCUACAUCAGAAGUUCAACUCUUGGGUUGAAUGGAAGUCAGAUGGGCAGAGCGAGGGAGGCCAGACUGAAGCAGAGCACAUUGAGUCUCGCACCCUGACCAUUGCCCGGAACUUGAGCCACCAGCUGCAGACCACUUGCCUCACCCUGGUUUCCAGUCUUCAGGGCCUCCCCCAGAAUGUGCAGAACCAGGCGCUGUCUGUGGCACGCUCUGCCUCUGAGGUCUAUGACCACUUCAGCAAGACCUCCACCCUUCGGGAUGUCUCUGACAACGUGCUGGCCAGUAGCAAGUCGAAGCUGGGCAAAAUGAAGGACUCCCUGGAUGGUAUCAUGGACUAUCUGGUCAACAACACGCCCCUCAACUGGCUGGUUCCUGAUAUAAUCAUCACAGACCUUUCCUCUGAAUCUGAUGAAAAUGAAGACCAAGGAGUGACUAAUGACCUUAUCAAUGCACAAAGCCUCCAGUCCAUCACGAGUAUGCGGAAUUGAACUGAAUAAUGCAAAGUAACCCCCCCCCCCCCGCCCCCCCCCAGCAUUUAGAGCAUCUUUUCAUAUCAACUUGUUUUCCUUUUGGAAUGUGUCACAAUAAAUCACUGUAAAGCAA